AUGCGCUUUUCAACCCUCCUUUUCGCUGCUUCGGUCCUCGUGGCGCCCACCGUGGCCCAAACAUGGACCGACUGCAAUCCCCUCAACGCAACCUGCCCCGACAAUCCGGCGCUGGGCAUGCACCAUAAUUUUGUCUUCAACAAGUCCUCGACCGUCACGAACUCCUUCAACAUCACCGCGGGCAAACUCGAAUAUGGCAACAACGGCGCUGAAUUUACCAUCAAUAAGCGUAAGGACUCGCCCACCAUCCAGUCCAAAUUCUACAUCUUCUUCGGCUCCGUAUCCGUCGUCAUGAAAGCCGCGACCGGCCAGGGAAUCAUAUCUUCCAUUGUGCUACAGUCGGAGGAUCUCGACGAGGUGGAUUGGGAAUUCAUGGGCGGUAAUGCGACGCAUGCUGAGACCAAUUACUUCGGCAAGGGCAACACAACAUCCUUCGACCGCGCGGUAUAUUACCCCGUGGACACCGAUGUGCGCGAGAACUUCCACAACUACACAGUCGAUUGGACCGCCGAGAGGUUGAUAUGGAUGAUUGAUGGAAAGAUCGUUCGGACGCUACCGUUUGCGGAGGCAAACAAGGGUCAUAAUUAUCCUCAGACUCCUGUGACGGUCCGUCUAGGGAUCUGGUCUGGUGGCGAUACGUCGUUUCCGCAGGGAACGAUCGAUUGGGCUGGUGGCCUCACGGAUUUCAGCAAAGGCCCUUACACCAUGUACGUGAAGAGCGCCGAUGUCAAGGAUUACUCCACCGGGUCAGCAUACCACUGGGGUGAUCGCUCAGGAAGCUGGCAGAGCAUCAAGGCACUUGCCGGUAAUUCCACUGCCGCCGAGAAGAUCCUUAAAGCCGAAGAACCCACCCUUUCCAUCGCCGAGAAAUUCCAGGCCCUUCCCCAGACCACAAAGAUGGGUAUUUACAUCGGCAGCGGCUCUGCAGCAGCCCUCCUCCUCGCCGCAUUCCUCUUCGUCUGUAUCCGCCAGCGCCGCGCGGGCCGCAAAGAGCGCGACGCGUAUAAUGCCAAGGUGGAGAAAGAGCGACAAGACGCCUAUACCUACCAGGUGGAGCUACGAGAGAAGGGCAUGGGUGGGUGGGAUAAUAGGGAAUUUGCGAACCAGGGCGAUGAUGCCCUAGGUGGAUGGGGAGGAUCGCAUGUUGUUGCGGGGAGUAGUACCAGAGCCAGGGGGAACGAUGUCCCGACCUUACCAGAGAUUUCAGGAAAUACUGGUGCUAAUGAUUUCCCGCUACGAUCCCCAAACCCGGCAAGCGGAUAUGCAGGAUCAAAUAACAUCCCUCGAAGUCCGUCGUUUGCUCAUAAUGGGGAGAUCCAGAGCACGGGGUCAACGAGAGGCGGGUACCACAAGUUCUGA